UGGCUGACAGAUGAAGGUGACAACCGAUGGCCAGUUUCUUAUGAAAUCAUCGUCAGUUCCACAUGGAAGCUAUAACAAUGGCGGUUUGCUUACAUCCACACCACCAACAUCAACGUGCCCCGUGAACCACGCAUCAAUAGAAUUGCCAGGGGUUUAUGUUCCGAGUCAACUGGGACAAGCAGUUUCCACAGACAGACAAAGUGUUAUUGAAGAGAUCGCUUUGCAGUCAUCCCAACCAUAUCAUAUAGACGGAAAUCUUAACAACCUCCAUACAGAUCCUGCACGCAUGGAGAUACGUUCACCCAAUCAAAGAACAGAAGCUAUAUAUGGAAACUCAAGUCAUGUUCCCACCUGUGUCCAUGCUCCAGUAGUUGGUGACACAGUGCCUAGUUCAGAUAACACUAGUAAUUCUGAGAAUGUCAUCAUUCACUACACUGAGUCUGGGGAAAAGAUAGAGCUGCAGCAGCUCUAAAAGUGGUCUAGAAAGGAGUUA